AUGGAAUCAUUGGCUGAGCGGGUUCGACCAGGCUCUGUAGUGUACUGUGCACUAGGCAGCCAAAUCACUCUCGAGAAAGACCAGUUCCAAGAGCUCUGUUUAGGAAUGGAGCUCACAGGUUUACCAUUUUUUGUAGCGGUAAAGCCACCAAGAUGCGCAAAGACGAUUCAAGAAGCGUUACCAGAAGGGUUCGAGGAGCGGGUGAAGGGACGUGGAGUGGUUUGGGGAGGAUGGGUGCAGCAACCGUUGAUAUUGGCUCAUCCAUCAGUAGGUUGCUUUGUGAGCCAUUGCGGAUUCGGGUCAAUGUGGGAGUCUCUGAUGAGUGAUUGCCAAAUAGUCUUGCUUCCGUAUUUGUCUGAUCAGGUUCUCAACACGAGAUUGCUCACAGAGGAGCUUGAGGUCUCCGUAGAGGUGGAGAGAGAAGAAACAGGAUGGUUCUCUAAAGAAAACCUGAGCGAUGCCAUCAUGUCUGUGAUGGAUAAAGAUAGCGAAAUAGGGCGCCGAGUGAGGAGGAACCACGCCGAAUUGAAUGAGAUUUUGGUUAGUCCUGGAUUGUUAACUGGCUACACCGAUAAAUUUGUUGAUACUUUGGAGAGUCUUCUCUACGAUACAUAUCUUAAGUGA